GAGUGUACCAUGAUUUUCACGCCUCCCCGGCUUCCACGAAUGUGUGUAUUUGCCAGCCAGAGGUGAACAUGGCUGAGAUCUCGGAGAGGACGCUACAAGUCGCGGUCGUGGUCUCCUUCGCUGCCGGCUUUGUGGCGGGCUGGCAGGCCAACAGGGUGAGGAGGCGGUUCCUGGACUGGAGGAAGAAGCGGCUUCAAGAUAAACUGUCACAAACUCAGAAGAAGCUGGAUUUGGCUUGAAUGGUGUGUGGCUGUCUGGUCUCCUUGAGUGAUAGCCUUCUCUGAAGCUGCUGGAUGUACUACACCUCUAUCCCUGUGGAGAAGUGACCUCAGAAUGACCUCCGUCUGCACCACCGGCACGUCCCUCCAACACUUUAAGACUGGACUUGAUAUAUUCUGUGGACUAUCGAUGGGAAUGCAAUAAUUAGACAACACAACACACAGCAGCUUAUGUUCUGUCGUCACUGUGGGUCUGAGUCACAUCUGGUUAAAUAAAUUAUUUUCACGUC